GGUGUUUAUCCCCGUGCUCAGCAAGGAGGCGGGGCGGGGGGAGACGCAUUUCUGGGCCACCGAGGUGGCCGAGCACAGCGGAAGUGAGCUCCUCAGCAACAUGCAAAGGUUCCAAACUCAGGUGUCGACCGUCAAGCAGCUCCUGAUUGGUGACACGCAGCUGGCAAUACCUGCGCUGCCAGCGGAAACGUUUGACAGAGUGGAGAUUGACUUCGACCUCAUCCUUCAGCUCGAGACUGCAGUUACGGACUGGUUGCAGGCUCUGGAAGCACUAAUAGCUCGCGAGCUGAAAAAGGUUGUAACCGGGAAGAAUCCUCUGGCAGAGCUGGAGUUUUGGCGAGACAGGAGCAGCUCGUUGAGCGGUCUCUACCAGCAGCUCAACUCUGCCAAGAGAAAAAGAGUUCUCGCUGUUUUGGAGCAUGGCAACAGCAACUCGGAGCUCGUCGGGACCUAUAAAGCUCGCUUUGGCGAGCUUGCAAAAAUGUUUCUGGAGGCCAAAGACAAUGUCAAGUUCCUCACGACACUAGAGAGGCAUUUCAAGACUAUUGCUGGCGGGGCGCUGCCAAGGGUACUGGAGACAAUGAAUCCGAUGGUGAAUGCCCUUCGCAUGGUCUGGAUUAUCUCUCGCCAUUAUUCGGACGACGCACGAAUGGGGUCCUUGAUGGAGAGAAUUGCACACCAGAUUGCUGAAAAGGUUUCGUCGGAAAUAGACCUGAAGACACUUUUCACGGUGCCUGCUGAAUCUGCGGUCUCGAAGCUUACAAUCGGCAAAGCUGUGUUGGAUUCAUGGAGCGAAGUUUAUAUGCAAGUCCGUGAACGAAUUGAAGUUCAGGGUCGUGAUCCCAGGUGGGAGUUCGAUAGAAAGAAGCUGUUUGAGCGCACAAGCUACAUGGCAUCCAUUUGCAUUGACCUCUUACAUAUAGUUCAAGUUUAUUACGAUUUUCACAACUUCCUAGGGCCAGAGCUGAAGGCCGUGACCGGUGAUACUCAGGGUGUUGAUGCUGUGACCCAGAAAGUUGCUGCGAUGAUAGAGCCCGUGGAAAAGCUUGCAUUUGACGUGUUUGACAAAGCCUUCGCAUUGCAAUGGUCGGCCACAGUCUCAAACUUCAAUAUUGAGAAAGAAAAUAUUGAGCAUCUUACGAAAGCAUUUAUUGACACUUCCUUCAAGAAGCUGCGCAGUGCUGAAGGCGCUUUGGAGUUGCUUCGGAGUUUCAAAAACAUCAAGAGCGAAGGGACCAUCAACAAGCAGAUGAUGGAUAAAUUCAAUGACAUAAUUAUUCAAUUCACCAAGGAGAUUGAAAGUGCACGAGAAAUUUUUGACCGGCUCUCGUCUACCCCUCCAAGAACUCGGAACCAACCUCCGGUUGCAGGUUCGAUAAACUGGGCGAGGUCUCUCUUUGGACGUUUACGCAAAACAAUGCGGAAAUUCGAAACAGGUGGCACGGAUAUCGUUCAAGCUGCAUCAGGGCUGGAGAUGGAAAUACAUUAUCGAGCGUUUGCAAAGCAAAUGAUGUAUUUUGAGAAGCAAUGGAUAACGAAGUGGGCGGAUUCCGUCAAUCACCACGCAUCGGUAUACAUGAAACAGUCCAUAUUGAGCAAGGGCCCGAUAGGGAAUGUCUCUAUCAAUUUUCAUCCAAAUCUUGUUCAAAUCAUUAGAGAGGCGAAGUAUCUGGACGCAAUGGGUUUUCAGCUUCCCGAAGUGGCGCUGAAUGUAGCACUCCAGGAAGAAAAGUUUCAAACGUGCAUCGAGAGCCUUCAGAAUAUGUUGCAGAGGUACCAUAAUGUCCUGGAGAUGUUGACGCCAGUGGAGUCGAAGCUUUUGGCAAUUCGUGUGGAUAAACUGCAGCAUGUGCUUGAUCCUGGCUACAACCAGCUAAACUGGAACUCGUUGGGCAUUCCGGAAUUUGUGGGGGCGUGCAUGAAAUCAGUCUACGAAUUUAAGUCCAUAGUAACCCAGGUUCAAAACAACUCGGCUAGCAUCGAGAAAGCCAUAGAAACCAUUGCCAAAACAAAGCUUUUGAACUUACCACCUGCCACUGGGGAUGUCGAAAGCAUGGAAUUUCAGGAGAUGUACGAUUAUAUUGAAGAGCAGAGACUUAAGGCCGAGGAGAACGCACUAAAACAGUACCAAGGGAUCUCUCCUCUUCUGAAAAAACUGGAAGAAGUCGUGGUAGCAACAAACACGGGAUCAUCACCUGCGUUGAUUGACUACUAUAGUUUCUGGGAGCGAAAAAUCUUCAAGGCUCUCAACCAGAUGGUGAUCGGUGGGCUAGAUGCUCUUAAAGCUCUCUAUCAGAAGGUUCCUACUGUAAAGGUUUCAAGCAGUAAGAAACCGGAUUUUAUACGCUAUUUUAAACUGAACUGCUACUUAAAUAUCCCGGACAUAGUUGUGCAGCCAAGCUUGACUGAGCUGACCAAGCUGCUUACAAAUAUGGUACGGAGUAUCGUUGACUCGGCAAAGCCAUUUAUCAGGUGGAUGGAUGGGACUUGUUUGGAGACACCCGAGCAGAGAGUUGGCAGUGAAGAUGCGGAGCCUUUUAUCUUUUCAUUCUACAGCGACGUCUCGCUUAAUCCCAAGAUCAUAACAUCCAUGCUCACGUUAAAUACUUGCAUCGACAAAGUCUUGACUGGAGCGCACAAACAUUUGGAUCACUGGAGAAAGUUUCAACACCUAUGGAGGCAAGAUAAACUCACCAUUAUUGGAAAGUUUGCGUCCAAGAAUCCAACUUGUGCAAAAUUCGAAGAAAAGCUUGCUAAGUAUUACAAGGUUGCAACCGACAUCUUAGAGCUUCCUAAAGAGAAAGCUGUGGAGUUUCUCGUAUUUAACAGCCACCAGUUGGCGGCUUCUAUCAAUCAAGUAGCUCUUGGAUGGGUCCAAGCUAUUGGGAAUGAAAUGUCGAACUGUGAAAAGCCCCGAGUGACUGAACUCCACGCAAAAAUUGACUACCUGUUCAAUACUUUACACCUGCCUCCAGAGACCUUGGAGACUCUGAAAAUGGUCCUGAAUGUGGUUGCGGAAGUCCAGAGUUCAGGCAUGGUCAUGGAGUUAGAAUACAUGGACCUGGAAGAAAGAAACAGAACGCGGGAACUUUUUGGACUACACAACGAUCCUGAAGAAAAGUCACGUAUUUUAAGUAUCAGAGAGAGAUGGCUAACCUUGGAGAAAGAGUGUGCUCUGCUAAACGUUUCCUUGCAAGAAAUCAAACUGAAGUUCACUGAGACCACAAAGAAACAGGUUGUUGAGUUUGCCAAGGAAGUCUCAGGAUUUCGUGAUCAGGCAGUACAACGAGGUCCGGCAAAAGCUCCGGACCUAGAUGUUGGAGUGGAACUAAUGGAGACCGCGCAUGCCGAGUUGCUGAGGCUCCAGGGAAAUAGGGAACAACUUGUCCUAGCUCAAAAGCUGUUUGACUUGCCUAUAACACCAUACCCUCUUUUAGCCGAGGUGGAGACACUGUUGAAAAGCCUUUCACAAAUCUAUACAGUCUACACCGAUUUCAGAACGACCGUUGACAAUUACGCUAGCACUUUAUGGGUUGAACUGGAUAUCCAAAGGCUAGUAGCUAUUACUGAAGAAUUUACUGUUCGGCUGAAGAGACUGCGUACUCUCAAAAACUUUCAACCGUAUGCCCUGCUAGAAGCAAAAGUCAAGGGCUUUCAGGAUUCUCUUCCGCUUAUUCAAGACCUGAAAAGUGAUGCGUUACGAUCACGACAUUGGGAAAAGCUGAUGGAAGUAACAGGAAAAUCUUUUGACAUGGAUCCUAAAUCAUUCACACUGGCAAACCUUUUCAGAAUGGAGCUGCAUAAUUUUUCUGCUGUAAUCAGUGACAUAACGAAUUCAGCACAGAAGGAGCUCAACAUUGAAAUGGACCUGAAAAAAAUGGCUGAAAUAUGGAAAGAGCAGCAAUUUGAAAUCUUCAAAUACAACAAGGACGGGAUGGAUCGGGGCUGGGCAUUAAAAUCCACAGAACCUAUCGUUGUACUGCUCGAAGAUAUGAUGCUUAACCUUCAGAGCAUGGUGAGCUCGCGCUUUGUGCGUGCAUUCUUGAACGAAGUAAAUAACUGGGAGAGAAAGUUGAGCCUCAUUGGAGAGGUCAUCGACAUCUUAAUGCAGGUGCAAAGGAAGUGGAUGUACUUGGAAAGCAUAUUUAUCUCAGAUGAUAUUCGACAUCAGCUGCCCGAUGAGGCCAAGCGUUUUGAUAAUAUCGACAAGACCUGGAAGAAGAUAAUGAAUGAAACUGUUAAAAAUCCAAAUAUAGUGGAUGCCUGCACGGCACCAGAUCGGCUUGCGACGCUCAAUGUUCUUUACACGCAGCUGGAAACUUGUCAAAAGAGUCUGACAGAGUACUUGGACACAAAGAGAAAUGCCUUUCCACGUUUUUUCUUUGUUUCUGAUGACGAGCUUCUCUCAGUUUUGGGCAGCUCUGAUCCAACUGCUAUUCAGGAACACAUGCUCAAACUUUUUGACAAUUGUGCAGCUUUAGACUUUGGAGAGCGGUCAAAAACUGUUGUCGGGAUGAAAUCAUCUGAAGGUGAAACAUAUGCCUUACGGGCUCCUAUAUCAACAGAUGGGCCUGUCGAAGUUUGGAUGAAAAAGGUGGAAGCUGAAAUGAGGCGUUCGCUAUAUCAAAUAUCUAAGGAAGGUGUGUAUCACUAUGCCAAGGCAAGGCGUACCAAGUGGAUUACAGACAAUCUCGGUAUGGUUACCCUUGUUGGGAGUCAAAUAUGGUGGACAUGGGAGGUUGAAGAUGCUUUCAACAGUGUGCGGUCUGGUAACAAAAAUUCCAUGAAAGUCUUUAGCUUCAAGUUGACAGAUCAGCUUAACGAGCUAGUUGGAAUGGUUCGCUCCGAUUUGAGUAAUCUACAGCGAAAGAAGGUGAAUGCGUUGAUCAUUAUUGAGGUGCAUGCAAGAGAUAUAAUAGAUACGUUUGUCCGAGACAGUAUUCUGGACCACAGAGAGUUUGCCUGGGAGAGCCAGCUGCGUUUUUACUGGGACCGGGAGGUUGACGAUAUAGUCAUAAGGCAAUGUACUGGACAGUUUCUUUUUGGCUACGAAUACAUGGGUCUAAACGGAAGGCUCGUCAUUACUGCUUUAACCGAUCGAUGCUACAUGACUCUAACAACUGCUCUUACUUACCGUCUUGGAGGCGCUCCUGCUGGCCCAGCAGGAACAGGCAAGACCGAGACGACAAAAGAUCUCGCAAAAUCUAUGGCGUUACUUUGUGUCGUUUUUAAUUGUGGUGAUGGUCUGGACUACAAGGCCAUGGGAUCGAUUUUCUCUGGUCUCGUGCAAUGCGGAGCUUGGGGUUGCUUUGACGAGUUCAAUCGCAUCGAAGCCGAAGUUUUGUCUGUCGUUUCUUCCCAGAUUAAGCAAAUUCAAGAAGCCUUGAAAAACAACCUCAAAAAGUUUCAAUUUGAGGGGAAGGAGAUAGCUCUUGAUUCACGGACAGGUAUUUUUAUUACAAUGAAUCCAGGUUAUGCCGGCAGAACGGAGCUGCCUGACAACUUGAAGGCUCUGUUUCGUCCAGUGACAAUGAUCGUGCCUGACUUGCAGCAAAUCUGCGAGAUCAUGCUUUUCUCUGAAGGUUUUGACACAGCAAAAGUUCUAGCAAAGAAGAUGACUGUACUUUACAAGCUUGCAAGGGAGCAACUGUCCAAGCAAUACCACUAUGACUUUGGCCUUCGUGCCCUGAAGUCAGUGCUAGUAAUGGCAGGGGCAUUGAAACGUGGUGCUCCUGACAUGAGUGAACAGCUGGUGCUUAUGCGAGCACUUCGUGACAUGAACCUGCCGAAGUUCAUAUUCGAGGACGUACCGUUAUUCCUUGGUCUUAUUAACGACUUGUUCCCUGGCCUGGAUUGUCCUCGUGUGCGCUAUCCGUCAUUCAAUGACAUUGUUGAACACGACUUGGAGGAAAAUGGCUACCUGGUCAUGACCGGUCCGAGUGAACAGGUUGAUAAAGUUAUUCAGCUAUACGAGACUAUGCUCACUAGACAUACCACCAUGGUUGUCGGACCAACCGGAGGUGGUAAGAGCGUGAUCAUACAAACGCUUGCGCGAGCUCAGACUAAACUCAAUUGUCCAACCAAGUUGAGCAUUAUAAACCCAAAGGCUCAGCCUACGACUGAGCUCUACGGUUUGAUGGAUCCUGAGACUCGAGACUGGACGGAUGGUCUACUUUCAAAUAUAUUUCGAGAAAUGAACAAGCCUCUUGCUCCAGAUAGAAACGAUAGGUUCUACCUCGUAUUCGAUGGAGACGUGGACGCUCUGUGGGUAGAGGAUAUGAACAGUGUGAUGGAUGACAACAAGCUGCUCACUCUUCCGAAUGGAGAGCGAAUCCGUUUGCAGAAUCAUUGUAAGCUGCUUUUUGAGGUGUCGGAUUUGCAGUACGCUUCACCAGCUACCGUAAGUAGGUGUGGGAUGGUCUUUGUCGACUCUAAGAAUUUGGGAUUCAAACCGUAUAUUUGGAAAUGGGUCAACAAACGAGCCAAUAAGGAGGAAGCUGGAUUAUUGAACGAACUAUUCGAGAAGUACGCACAAAAAUGCAUAGAAUACGUGCUGGAGGGCGUAACAGAGGAGGAAAUCACUUCUCCUUUGGUAUUGACAAUUCCGCUUACCAACCUGAAUAUGGCUGCUCAACUGUGCACUCUUUUAGAAGCUAUCCUGACAGAAGAUCAGCCUAUCACUGCUCCACAGGUGCUGGAGGCUGUGUUUAUUUUUUCUUUGGUAUGGUCAAUAGGGGCCGGAGUGGUGCAGUCCACGGCAGUCCGUGACCGAGAGCGUUUCGACAAGUUUAUCAAGUCUUUGGCUCUAAUGGGAACAAGUACUGCGGAUCCCCUCCCACCCACACAAUUGCCGGCAGAAUCCCUCUACGAUUUCUGCUUCAGUGUCAAGGAUCUUCAGUGGCGGUCAUGGAAGUUAAUGGUCCCGGAAUAUGAGCCUCCACCUGAUCGCGUGUUCAGCAAAAUCUUGGUUCCAACCAUAGACACCGUGAGAUCAACGUGGCUUUUGGACACGUUCAUGGAGAUUGGCAAAGCUGUUCUCUUCGUUGGAGAAAGUGGAACCGCUAAAACCGUUAUCAUACAAAAGUACUUGGGCGCUAUGCCGACAGCUAGCACGCUGAUAUUGAGCUCAAAUUUUAGCAGUCGCACCACAUCCAUGGACGUGCAGAUUACAGUUGAAGACGUGCUAGAGAAACGAACCAAGGUGCUUGCUCUCUACCUGUCCAUUAAUGACAUUUACGGGCCUCCGGUUGGAAGGAAAAUGAUACUGUUUAUUGAUGACAUGAACAUGCCUAGAGUUGACACGUAUGGCACUCAGCAGCCGAUUGCAAUGCUGAAGCUGCUGAUUGAGCGUGGAGGUAUAUACGACCGAGGGAAGGAACUCAACUGGAAAUUUAUCAAAGACGUGCAGUAUGUUGGCGCAAUGGGUCGUCCUGGAGGUGCAAGGAACAACGUCGACCCGCGAUUUAUCUCCCUCUUUGCCGUCCUGGAAAUACAGUUUCCAUCCAACCAAUCCUUGUCGCAUAUCUAUAACGCGAUUUUGGAGGCUCAUGCCAAGAAUCUUGCGUCCGACAUUAAGGAAAGUACUCGAGUCAUAACGGACGUCACCUUGGAACUCUACAACUACAUACUUGAUCGGCUUCCUCCAACACCAUCGCGCUUCCACUACAUCUUUAAUCUACGAGAUUUAAGCAGGAUAUACGAGGGACUCUGCCUGUCUACCCCGGACACAACGAAGAAUGCCGCACAGAUGGUGCGGCUAUGGAGGAACGAGGCACUGAGAAUAUUCUACGAUCGUCUCAUCUCUGACAAAGACAAAGAGAUUGUGGAGAGUAAGCUCACGGAAUUACUCAAACUCAAGCUGCCAAAUUCAGCAGACUAUGCUGCGGGCAAUCCUAUCCUAUAUGGUGACUACAAGAAUGCUCUCAAGGAAAGUGAAGUGCGGCUGUACGUAGACGUUGGAAACUACGACGUAGUGAAGCCAAUAUUUGAAGAAAUCCUGGACGAAUACAGCUUGACGAACAAGAGAAUGAACCUUGUCAUGUUCAAGGACGCGCUGGAGCAGCUGACGCAUAUUCAUCGGAUCAUGCGCCUUGAUCAGGGGAAUGCGCUCCUCGUCGGCGUUGGCGGCAGUGGCAAGAAGAGCCUGUCUAAGCUGUCCGCCUUUACGGCUGGAUGCAGCAUUUUUGAGAUAACUCUCACCAGGGGCUACAACGAGGAAACAUUUAGGGAGGACUUGAAGAAGCUGUAUAACAUGUUGGGCGUUGAGAACCGUUCUGUAGUCUUCCUUUUCACAGAUGCUCACGUUGUGGACGAGGGUUUUCUUGAGCUUGUAAACAACAUGCUAACUUCUGGAAUGGUACCCGCACUCUUUGCGGAAGACGAGAAGGAUGGAAUGAUCGGCCAGAUUCGAGAUGCUGUCACCGCUGCUGGAAUCGUCGACACCAAAGAAAACUGCUGGGCCUAUUUCAUUCAUCGUUGUCGCAGUAACUUGCAUGUCACUCUGGCAAUGUCUCCAGUUGGUGAACUUUUGAGAACCCGCUGCCGAAACUUUCCUGGCAUGGUCAACAAUUGUGUCAUAAACUGGCUAACACCAUGGCCUGAAGAAGCACUUCACUCUGUGGCUACGGUCUUUCUAUCGGAGUUAGACCUCCCGGAAAACCUGCGCCCCCAUAUCCUAGAGCAUAUGGUGAUGGUUCACCAAUCUGUGUGCAAGGUGAGUGCAGGUUUUGAGCAGAAAAUGCGUCGCUACAACUAUGUCACACCCAAAAACUUUCUCGACUUUAUUGAAAACUAUCGGACGUCACUCGUCAAGACCAGGGUUAAUAACAGUGAUAUGGCUGCAAGACUGAAUGGUGGUCUCCAAAAACUGAUUCAGGCGAAGGUUGAGGUUUCAGAAAUGCAGAUUACUCUUGCGGACGCGAAAAUUGUUGUUGAUGCCAAGACAAAGGAAUGUAACGAGCUUCUCGAAGUUAUCAGCAAGAAUACCGCUGAAGUUCAGACAAAACAAGGCAUUGCAAAUGAUAAAGCCGUGGAUUUAUCCAAGCAAAGUGAGGUUAUAACAAGAGAGAAAGCAGAGGCAGAGGUAGCUCUUGCGGAAGCACUACCAGCAUUGGAAGCAGCUGCUGAAGCUCUUAACAGUCUUAAAAAGGAAGAGAUUACCGAGAUUAGAUCUUUUGCCAAGCCUCACAUCUUAGUGCAAAAGGUGUGCGAGUGCGUGGUUAUCUUGCGGGGCAUCAAAGACGUGUCUUGGAAAGGUGCCAAGGCAAUGAUGGCUGACAACAGAUUUUUGGCCACGUUAAUGGAGUUUGACAAGGAUUCCAUUACCGAGAAGCAGAUGCGAGCUCUCAAGGAGUACUUUAAGGAUCCAAAACUGAAUUUGGACGAACUAAGUACCAUCUCCACAGCCGGAGCUGGGCUUCUCCGCUGGGUGGUUGCCAUGGUAAACUACUACGGAGUAGCAAAAGUUGUGCAGCCCAAGAGGCUGGCGGUUGCCAAUGCCGAAAAAAAUCUAAAGAAUGCACAGAAGGAGCUUGAGAAAAUACAGGAGGAGGUGAGGCAGCUUUCUGAGCAGCUGGGAGCUCUUCAGAAGCAAUUUGAGGACAACACAGCAGAGCAGCAAGCACUUAAGGAGAAAGCAGACCUCAUGGAGAAGCGUUUGAGCGCUGCUGAACGUCUUAUCGUUGGCUUGGGCUCGGAGCACGAGAGAUGGUCUCGAGAACUGGGCGACCUUGCUGUUGCUCGAGUCAAGCUGAUUGGAGACUGCCUCGUCACCUCCAGCUUCCUGAGCUAUUGCGGGGCAUUUACAAUGGACUACAGGACGGAGCUCAUUCAAAAUAUCUGGCUUGCAGACAUCCGAUCCAAAGAGUUGCCCUGCACAGACCCUUUCUUCCUAGAGAACAUUUUAACGAGUGAAGUUGAGAUUAGCAAGUGGAACAGCGAGGGAUUGCCGUCGAAUGAGCUCUCCAUUCAGAACGGCAUACUAACAACAAGGGCGUCCCGCUUUCCUCUUUGCAUUGACCCGCAAAUGCAGGCCAUAUCCUGGAUAAAAAAGAAGGAGGGCAAGCAGCUUGAGGGCCGGGUGAAAACCUUCAAUGACUCUGACUUCGUGAAGCAGCUUGAGAUGGCAAUCCAGUAUGGGUUUCCAUUUAUGUUUGAAAAUGUGGACGAGUAUAUAGACCCUGUCAUAGAUCCGGUUCUAGAAAGAACAUUCACAUCUGCUGGUGGUGCAAGGAAAAGUGUCAAGCUCGGGGAUAAAGACGUCGAAUGGGACGACAACUUUAGGCUGUAUUUAAUAAGCAAGCUUCCGAAUCCUCACUAUGGCCCAGAAAUAUCCGGAAAGACUAUGAUCAUCAACUAUGGCGUAAGACAUGAAAGACCCGACCUUGAGGAACAAAGAGAAGAGCUUGUGAGGGACACUAGCGAGAACAAGGCGCUGUUGAAACAGCUCGAAGACACCCUUCUGCGGGAACUAAGCAAUGCCACGGGUAACAUUCUGGAUAACGAGGAACUGCUGACAACUUUGGAAAACACGAAGCUUAAAGCAUCUGAGAUUUCUCACAAGCUGAAGCUCGCCCGGGAUACGUCCGUAGAGAUCGAUCAACUGCGCCUGAGGUACUCCCCGGCUGCCAAGAGGGGUGCCAUCCUCUUUUUUGUCAUGUCCGGCCUCUCCGCUAUCAACAACAUGUACGAGUACUCGCUGGCAUCCUUUCUGCAAGUGUUUGAGAUAUCACUGGCCACGAGCAAGCGGGAACCCACACUAGAUGCGCGGCUACGCAGCAUCAUCGACGCUGUCACAUACGACGUGUACAAUUAUACGUGCACGGGGCUGUUUGAGAAGCACAAGUUGAUGCUCUCCUUCCAGCUAACAACCAGGAUCAUCGACGGGGAGACAGGAAUGGAUCAUGCUCAGCUGCAGUUCUUCCUCAAGGGCAACCUGUCUCUGGAGAAAUCGCCCCUGCCAAAGCCACACGACUGGUUUCCGGACACGGGGUGGCAAGAUGUCGUGGAGAUGAUGGAACUGGGCCCGCAGUUCAAAGCUCUAGUAGACCACUUCUCGGAGAAUGGACCGGAAUGGAAGUCAUGGUACGAGGAAGAUCAGCCAGAGAUGGCAUCCAUGCCAGGACAAUUCAACGACAAGCUCAAUCUUUUCGAGCAGCUCUGCGUCUUACGCUGCUUCCGCAUCGACAGGAUCACGGUCGCUGUCACGCGGUACGUGAUAGACCGGAUGGGAGAGAAGUAUGUCAUGCCUCCGGUGCUCGACUACAAGAGCAUACACCGCCAAAGCUCGGCAUUGACGCCCAUCGUCUUCAUUCUUAGCCCUGGUGCUGACCCAGCUUUCGACGUUUUCAACCUGGGAGAGGAGAUGGGGUUCAAGCCCGGUGCAAAGCUCAAGUAUAUGGCUCUGGGACAGGGAAUGGGGCCAAAGGCAGCAGAGACACUCGAGUCGGGCUCCGGCCGUGGCCUGUGGGUCAUGCUUCAAAAUUGUCAUCUGCUCCCGUCCUGGCUAAAGACGCUGGAAAAGAUCCUUGAGAAGAUAACCAAACCUCAUCCCGAAUUCAGGCUUUGGCUCACCACGGAGCCGACGUCAACUUUCCCUCUUGGCAUCCUGCAGCGCAGCUUAAAAGUUGUCACGGAGCCCCCCAACGGGCUCAAGCUCAACUUGAGAUCAUCGUACGCCAAAAUCACCGAAGAGAUGCUUGCUGACUGCCCACACUUUGCUUUCCGUCCGCAGGUGUUUGUGGUUGCCUUUUUCCAUGCAGUGGUGCAAGAGCGGCGAAAGUACGGAAGGCUUGGAUGGAAUGUCCCUUACGACUUUAACGAGACCGACCUUCGCAUCAGCCUGUUGCUCAUCUCCACGUACCUGCGGAAGGCUUUUGAUAACAGGGAUGACACCAUACCGUGGGGCACGCUGCGCUACCUCAUUGGUGAGGCCAUGUAUGGAGGGCGUGUCUCGGACUCGUUCGACCGGAGGAUCUUGAAAACUUACCUGGAUGAAUACCUGGGGGACUUUUUGUUUGACAAGUUCCAUCCCUUUUUUUUCUACACCAAAGACGAUGGCUCUGGCUAUAUGCUUCCUCCUGCAGGGCCCAGAGAGAACUACACCAAUUACAUUGACUCCCUACCAAUAGUCCAGACGCCUGAGGUGUUUGGUCUCCACUCCAAUGCCGAUAUUAGCUACUACACCAAUACGACCAAGAACCUGUGGAAAGACCUUGUGGACUUGCAGCCUCGUGGAGGGGACAGUGGAGGCGGGGUGAGAAGAGAGGACAUCAUUGAGCGUGUGGCGUCAGAUAUACUGUCCAAGCUUCCUGUGCCUUUUGAUCUUCCUGUGUUGAAGAAAAGAUUUGGAGUCCCUACGCCCGUGCAAGUUGUGCUUCUCCAAGAGAUUGAGAGAUGGAACAGGCUUAUUACCAGCAUGGCAGAGAGCCUUCGGAAGCUCAAGAAAGCACUUGCUGGAGAGAUUGGGAUGAGCAAAGACUUAGACGAGCUCUCAACGGCUUUGUUUAAUGGGCAGCUUCCAAACAUGUGGCGCAGGCUAACCUCUCAGACAGAGAAGAUGCUUGCAGCUUGGAUUGUGUGGUUGUUGCGGCGAGAUCAACAAUACAAAAAUUGGGCCGAGCACGGGGAGCCGAAAGUUAUGUGGCUGUCGGGACUCCAGAUUCCCGAAACAUAUAUUGCUGCACUUGUUCAAACUGCGUGCAGGGACCGCGGUUGGCCACUAGACAAGUCCACUAUCUACACCAAGGUGACCAAGUUCAAAAGCAUUGAUGAAGUCCCGGAGAAGCCCAAGCAUGGAUGCUAUGUCACUGGCCUCUACCUGGAAGGCGCCAAUUGGGAUCUGGAAAAGUCGUUUCUCAAGCGACAGGAUCCAAAGCAGCUCGUUGUCGAGCUGCCAAUAUUGGAAAUCAUUCCCAUGGAGGCCAGCAAGAUCAAGCUUCAAAACACGUUUAGAACGCCUGUUUACGUCACACAGGCACGCCGAAACGCUAUGGGCGUGGGACUCAUCUUUGAAGCGGACUUGGCUACUGAGGAACACACGUCACAUUGGGUUCUGCAAGGAGUUGCUCUGUCCAUGAACAUCGACUACUGA